CCAUAUCAGUCUCGGAUUGUGGGUGGAGUCAAUGCUCAGGAAGGAGAAUUCCCCUGGAUGGCUUAUCUGUUUAACUCCGAGUUAGGUCAGUACUGUGGAGCAACUCUCAUCGCAUCAGAAUGGGUUGUGACCGCCGCACACUGUAUCUGGGGUAUAUCAGAUCUUCUUGACUCGGUUGUUAUGGGUGACCUUCAUCUUUCUAUUGGUUCCGAGCAUCAUCUAGCAAUAAGUCCAGACAAUAUCUUCAUGCAUCCACAAUAUGAUGACAACACACUGAAUGCAGAUAUUGCUAUGAUUAAGCUCUCUCAGCCCGUACCCUUCAGUGAGUACGUGAGACCAGCGUGUCUCUCAGAAACCCUCGAGGAACUCAGAGACUACAAGACGUGCAUCAUCACCGGCUGGGGUAACACUGAACAUGACGGUGCAGACAAUCUACGGAAAGCAGUGGUCAGGUUGAUUGAGAAAGAACGCUGUGAAGAAUUAUACGAUAUCCCUGAUGAUUAUGACACGGAGUUUCUCAUAUGCGCUGGCUUCGAAAGGGGUGGAAUAGAUACUUGUCAGGGUGACAGCGGUGGUCCUAUGGUGUGUGAAGGUUCCGAUGGUAGAUGGCACCUGACCGGGAUAACAAGCUUUGGUUUCGGAUGCGCAGACCCAGGCUUUCCAGGGGUGUACGCAAGGGUGUCAACGUUACUACCCUUCGUGGAAACUGUCAUGCAAAUAGAUCGCUUCGGUGAAACAGUGCCAAUCGUGUUGGGGCUGGGAGAUACUCAGAAUAUCUCCAGCCCCAAUUAUCCAUUCGAGUACGACAGCAACACUGAUCUGACGUGGCACGCAAUCGCUCCAGCUGGCUACAGCAUUCUCAUCACCUUCAUCACCUUCGAAGUAGAGGAAGCGUACGACGCCCUCAUCGUUUAUCAAGGAUUUACAGGGAAUACCGCUGAGAGAAUACGGUCCAAUGCAUUAACAGGAUACCAACUACCAGAUCCUAUUAAGACAUUUGGUUCUUAUGUGUGGUUGAGAUUCAAAAGCGAUGAGAUCAUACAAGAUGGUGGAUUUUCCGUCAUAUUGUCCGUCGAAGAGUCAAUAGAUUGCAAUAAUGACGGCAUGAUCAAUUGUUCAAACGGAAUUUGCAUUUCCAAAAAUGCUACAUGUGAUGGAUUUAACGAUUGUCUGGACUUUUCAGACGAGGAUUACUGCCCACCAUGUGAAGACGUACCUCCAGUGUGCAGGAACCUCGUUCCAUAUAGCUCCACUUACUUCCCGAAUCCCUUUGCUGACACGAGAGAAGACGCUCUAGAUAAGGUUGCUGGUCUGGACUCCAUCAUCAGUUGCCACAGUGACAUGAUGGAGCUGGUAUGUAAUACGUUCUUCCCUGAAUGCAUCCACAACGGACCCACCAGAAGACCAUGCUUGUCAGGCUGUAUAGAUGUGACUGAUGCGUGUGAACAACGCUAUCAAGAAACGAUUGGACAACCAUGGCCAAUCAACUGUACUCACUUCACGGAUUCCCUACAAGACACCGAUGGGUCUUGCCUAGGAGGACAAGGGGAUUACUUAAACACCACCAUUUGUGGCACCCGUCCAGCAUACACCCCAGACCAGUCUCGAGUGGUGGGCGGGGCCGAUGCUAAAGAAGGGGAAUUCCCCUGGAUGGUUUAUCUUUACAGUCAUGAAAGAGGACAAGUCUGCGGCGGUACCUUGAUAGGUCCUGAAUGGGUUGUCACAGCUGCACAUUGUGUGGUCGAUAUUCCAUAUUCCGUGGAUCGCAUCAUAUUGGGUGACCUGCUUCUCUCCUCCCCCUCCAACCAUCAUCUAAACAUCACUCCUGCCGAGAUUAUCCCCUAUCUGGGAUAUGACACUCAAACAUCGGAUGGGGAUUUAGCUCUCAUCAAAUUAUCGCAACCAGUGGACUUUACAGCUUUUGUAAGGCCAGCCUGUCUAGCGGAGUCAUCGGACGAGGUGAAUGACUACAAGAGGUGCACCGUCAGUGGAUGGGGUAACACCGAAGCCGGUUUCGAUGCAGAUGUUUUGCAGAAAGCAAUCGUACAUUUGAUCACAAAUGAUAGAUGCGCAGAACUGUAUGAGAAUGCGACCUCGAAUCAGAUGAUCUGCGCAGGUUAUGAACGAGGGGGAAUAGACACAUGUCAGGGAGAUAGUGGAGGUCCCUUGGUAUGUGAAGGAUCAGAUGGUAGAUGGCAUCUUGUAGGAGCGACCAGCUGGGGUGAUGGGUGUGCCGACCCAGGCAAACCAGGAAUAUAUGCCAGAGUCUCUCAGUUUUGGCCAUUCAUCAAAGAAGUCUUGACAGGGAAAAUUCCUUUAAACGGAUCUUGUGGACGAAGCUGCUGUACCGAUUUAUCAGAAAGCUGUAAUCGAGGUGACUGUUUCUGUGAUCAAGAGUGUUCUACACGAGGAGAUUGCUGCUCGGACUUCCAAAACUUUUGCGAGUUUCAGUCUUCCACAUCGACUCCCUCUUCCACAGAACGUCCAGAUCGCUUAAAUGAAACAGUGCCAAUCGUGUUGGGCCUGGGAGAUACUGAGAAUAUCUACAGCCCCAAUUAUCCACUCGAGUACUACAGCAACACUGAUCUGACGUGGCACGCAAUCGCUCCAGCUGGCUACAGCAUUGUCAUCACCUUCAUCACCUUCGAAGUAGAGGUAGCGUAUGACGCCCUCAUCGUUUAUCAAGGAUUUACAGGGAACACCACUGAGAGAAUACGGUCCAAUGCAUUAACAGGAUACCAACUACCAGAUCCUAUUAAGACAUUUGGUUCUUAUGUGUGGUUGAGAUUCAAAAGCGAUGGGAGCAUAGAACAUGGUGGAUUUUUCGUCAUACUGUCCGUCGAAGAGUCAAUAGAUUGCAAUAAUGACGACAUGAUCAAUUGUUCAAACGGAAUUUGCAUUUCCAAAAAUGCUACAUGUGAUGGAUUCAACGAUUGUCUAGACUUUUCAGACGAGGAUUACUGCCCACCAUGUGAAGACGUACCUCCAGUGUGCAAGAACCUCGUUCCGUAUAGCUCCACUUACUUCCCGAAUCCCUUUGCUGACACGAGAGAAGACGCUCUAGAUAAGGUUGCUGGUCUGGACUCCAUCAUCAGUUGCCACAGUGACAUGAUGGAGCUGGUAUGUAAUACGUUCUUCCCUGAAUGCAUCCACAACGGACCCACCAGAAGACCAUGCUUGUCAGGCUGUAUAGAUGUGACCGAUGCGUGUGAACAACGCUAUCAAGAAACGAUUGGACAACCAUGGCCAAUCAACUGUACUCACUUCACGGAUUCGCUACAAGACACCGAUGGGUCUUGCUUAGGAGGACAAGGGGAUUACUUAAACACCACCAUUUGUGGCACCCGUCCAGCAUACUCCCUAGGCCAGUCUCGAGUGGUGGGCGGGGCCGAUGCUAAAGAAGGGGAAUUCCCCUGGAUGGUUUAUCUUUACAGUCAUGAAAGAGGACAAGUCUGCGGCGGUACCUUGAUAGGUCCUGAAUGGGUUGCCACAGCUGCCCACUGUGUGGUCGAUAUUCCAUAUUGCGUGGAUCGCAUCAUAUUGGGUGACCUGCUUCUCUCCUCCCCCUCCAACCAUCAUCUAAACAUCACUCCUGCCGAGAUUAUCCCCUAUCUGGGAUAUGACCCUCGAACAUCGGAUGGGGAUUUAGCUCUCAUCAGAUUAUCGCAACCAGUGGACUUUACAGCUUUUGUAAGGCCAGCCUGUCUAGCGGAGUCAUCGGACGAGGUGAAGGACUACAAGAGGUGCACCGUCAGUGGAUGGGGUAACACCGAAGCCGGUUUCAAUGCAGAUGUUUUGCAGAAAGCAAUCGUACAUUUGAUCACAAAUGAUAGAUGCGCAGAACUGUAUGUGAAUGCGACCUCGAAUCAGAUGAUCUGCGCAGGUUAUGAACGAGGGGGAAUAGACACAUGUCAGGGAGAUAGUGGAGGUCCCUUGGUAUGUGAAGGAUCAGAUGGUAGAUGGCAUCUUGUAGGAGCGACCAGCUGGGGUGAUGGGUGUGCCGACCCAGGCAAACCAGGAAUAUAUGCUAGAGUCUCUCAGUUUUGGCCAUUCAUCAAAGAAGUCUUGACAGGGAAAAUUCCUUUAAACGGAUCUUGUGGACGGAGCUGCUGUACCGAUUUAUCAGAAAGCUGUAAUCGAGGUGACUGUUUCUGUGAUCAAGAGUGUUCUACACGAGGAGAUUGCUGCUCGGACUUCCAAAACUUUUGCGAGUUUCAGUCUUCCACAUCGACUCCCUCUUCCACAGAACGUCCAGAUCGCUUAAAUGAAACAGUGCCAAUCGUGUUGGGCCUGGGAGAUACUGAGAAUAUCUACAGCCCCAAUUAUCCACUCGAGUACUACAGCAACACUGAUCUGACGUGGCACGCAAUCGCUCCAGCUGGCUACAGCAUUGUCAUCACCUUCAUCACCUUCGAAGUAGAGGUAGCGUAUGACGCCCUCAUCGUUUAUCAAGGAUUUACAGGGAACACCACUGAGAGAAUACGGUCCAAUGCAUUAACAGGAUACCAACUACCAGAUCCUAUUAAGACAUUUGGUUCUUAUGUGUGGUUGAGAUUCAAAAGCGAUGGGAGCAUAGAAGAUGGUGGAUUUUUCGUCAUACUGUCCGUCGAAGAGUCAAUAGAUUGCAAUAAUGACGACAUGAUCAAUUGUUCAAACGGAAUUUGCAUUUCCAAAAAUGCUACAUGUGAUGGAUUCAACGAUUGUCUAGACUUUUCAGACGAGGAUUACUGCCCACCAUGUGAAGACGUACCUCCAGUGUGCAAGAACCUCGUUCCGUAUAGCUCCACUUACUUCCCGAAUCCCUUUGCUGACACGAGAGAAGACGCUCUAGAUAAGGUUGCUGGUCUGGACUCCAUCAUCAGUUGCCACAGUGACAUGAUGGAGCUGGUAUGUAAUACGUUCUUCCCUGAAUGCAUCCACAACGGACCCACCAGAAGACCAUGCUUGUCAGGCUGUAUAGAUGUGACCGAUGCGUGUGAACAACGCUAUCAAGAAACGAUUGGACAACCAUGGCCAAUCAACUGUACUCACUUCACGGAUUCGCUACAAGACACCGAUGGGUCUUGCUUAGGAGGACAAGGGGAUUACUUAAACACCACCAUUUGUGGCACCCGUCCAGCAUACACCCCAGACCAGUCUCGAGUGGUGGGCGGGGCCGAUGCUAAAGAAGGGGAGUUCCCCUGGAUGGUUUAUCUUUACAGUCAUGAAAGAGGACAAGUCUGCGGCGGUACCUUGAUAGGUCCUGAAUGGGUUGUCACAGCUGCACACUGUGUGGUCGAUAUUCCAUAUUCCGUGGAUCACAUCAUAUUGGGUGACCUGCUUCUCUCCUCCCCCUCUAACCAUCAUCUAAACAUCACUCCUGCCGAGAUUAUCCCCUAUCCGGGAUAUUACUUUCCGAAUGGGGAUUUAGCUCUCAUCAGAUUAUCGCAACCAGUGGACUUUACAGCUUUUGUAAGGCCAGCCUGUCUAGCGGAGUCCUCAGAAGAGGUGAAGGACUACAAGAGGUGCACCGUCAGUGGAUGGGGUAACACCGAAGCCGGUUUCGAUGCAGAUGUUUUGCAGAAAGCAAUCGUACAUUUGAUCACAAAUGAGAGAUGCGCAGAACUGUAUGUGAAUAGGACCUCGGAUCAGAUGAUCUGCGCAGGGUAUGAACGAGGUGGGAUAGACACAUGUCAGGGAGAUAGUGGAGGUCCCUUGGUAUGUGAAGGAUCAGAUGGUAGAUGGCAUCUUGUAGGAGCGACCAGCUGGGGUGAUGGGUGUGCCGACCCAGGCAAACCAGGAAUAUAUGCUAGAGUCUCUCAGUUUUGGCCAUUCAUCAAAGAAGUCUUGACAGGGAGAAUUCCUUUUAACGGAUCUUGUGGACGGAGCUGCUGUACCGAUUUAUCAGAAAGCUGUAAUCGAGGUGACUGUUUCUGUGAUCAAGAGUGUUCUACACGAGGAGAUUGCUGCUCGGACUUCCAAGACUUUUGCGAGUUUCAGUCUUCCACAUCGACUCCCUCUUCCACAGAACGUCCAGGUAUACGUCCAGCGAUGAUAGUCAUUGACUUUGAGAUAGGAGAGACGGAGGAAAUAAUUUCACCAAACUUCCCUCAAGUUUACCCAAACAAUGUUGAAAUGUUGUGGUAUGUCCGCGCCCCUACCAACUACAGUGUCAGCCUCCGAUUCGCCGAGUUCAGCACAGAACCAAACUUUGACUUCCUUAACGUGUAUGAGGGUCUCCUGCCGUCAUUCGGGGAGAGCACGAGGAUCGCCUCUCUAACUGGGGAUGAGCGUAUUGAUGACAUCUUGUAUUUGGGUUCAUACUUGUGGCUAGAGUUUAUAACUGACUCUGUUAUCGGCUCCUAUGGAUUCAGACUUGUGUUAAGUGUGGUGAAUACUGAAGAGCAAAUUAGGAGUUGUUAUAGCAGCGGUAAGGCAAUACUUCUUUCAUCUUUUUGUGAUGGAGCGCUGGACUGUCCCGAUGGAACAGACGAACAAAAUUGCCCUCCCUUCCAGUUAGCUGCUGGAGAAAGCACAAACUUUGUGUCACGUUCCAUCCCUGACUACUUCGGCCCUACACCCCUUGAAUGGACGGUCACAUCGGCCGACACCGACCUCGCUCUCGUAGUCAAGGUCGAAUACAUCUCCUUGCUGGUCGGUGACUCCAUCACAUUCCGAACCAUCGGGGCAGACAGCGGUGAGGACUAUGUUUGGACCUUAGAUGGACCGCUCAAUCAGGAUUACAGUCAGGCUGCUGAUAAGGUCUUCCCAAGCGGAGGUCUCGUCAUAGAGGCAUCCCUCAAUGGAACGAGAGAUUUUGACAUGAAGGUGAUGUCUGUUCUUCCACAAGACAUCACAGGUUGUGAAGGAAGUGACAGACUUAUCACCCCGAAGAACACUUGUGAUGGUAUUGUGGACUGUCCAGACUUCAGUGACGAGCAGGAUUGUGUUCCUUUGGAAAGUAUUGCACUGAACCUUGGACAAGUAGCUACCAUUGAGACUCUUGGCUAUCCAGAACUCCUAAAAACGUCUUUAGCUCUGCGAAUGACAUGGACAAUACGCACAGGGUCUGAGUCACGACUUCGAGUGGAUAUCCAACGUUUUGUCACGGAAGCAUCCCACACACUUACCAUUGGUACCGGCUUGGAUGCCACGGAUGAGAGCAGUAUUGUAUUCAAGCUGGAAAUGAUUCCGUUUGUUAGUCGGCCUGGUGCAGAAGUAGGGGAUAUAAGUCCGCCAGGGAACUCGAUGUGGAUCCGUAUAGAGAAGCCUUUUACGAGUCGUCCUGCUGAACUGGUUCUUUUCGCAAGAAUAGAAGCAGUAACUGAGGAAUCGUUGCAAUGUCCAUCGAAUCAACUAUCUUGUGGAGGUAUUUUCCCCGGAUGUUACAACGAAGCCAGCACCUGCGAUGGCGUCAAUGAUUGCUUUGAUGGUGCAGACGAGGAUUGCGAAUGUCCUGGUAUCCUGGAUGUAAGAUGUGGCAUUAUCAACACCUGCGUACAUCGAAGGAACUUUUGCGACGGUAGAGUAGAUUGUGGAGAUGAUGAAAGCAAAUGCACCUUUGUGUGUGAUAAUGGUCAUAUUGUUCAUGAACUAUUCAUCUGCGAUGGUUACAACGACUGCGGGGAUUUUACAGACGAACUUCAAGACUGUGAGUGUGCGUCAAAUCAGUUCGACUGCGGAGAAAGAUGUAUUUCUACGAAUGACGUUUGUAAUGACUAUGUAGACUGUGCCAAUGGUGCUGAUGAGGCAAAUUGCACAUGCAAGAGCUUUGAGUUCCAGUGUGAUAACGGGGAGUGCGUGCCCUACUGGACCCUUUGUGACGGCGACUUUGACUGUAGUGAUGGAUCAGAGGAACGCCAAGACAACUGCAGAUAUUGUCCUGGAAAUUACCACCAGUGCCCUGACUUUUCGUCUUGCCUGAGCCCAUACUCGAUUUGCAAUUUUAAUCAAGAUUGUAAGGAUGGGAGUGACGAGUUAAACUGUCCGUGGUCCGAUAAUACUACCGAACCUGUCAUAGAGCCUACUGAAUCAACCACGCCAACAAGACAAACAACACCAUUGUCAUUCAUUCCAUACGAGGCUUGUGGACUACGACCAGCUCUUGAUAUCCAUCGGGUCACCCAUGGCGAGGACGUGACUGGGCUUGGGGAAUGGCCAUGGCAGAUCGCACUCUACAGAACAAGUGGCAGCUUCACCUGUGGAGGAAGCGUCAUUACUCCCGAUUGGAUCCUCACUGCUGCACAUUGCGUAGAUGAACCGGGUUCCAAUUACACUAUCAAAGCAGGUAGCUUGGCUUACUUCAAGUUCGAGGGAGGUGGACAAAUCAGAGAUGUAGCUGAGGUCAUCCAGCAUCCAUUUUAUGACAGAUUUACGUUGGUUAACGAUAUCGCGAUCCUCAAGCUCGCUUCUCCUCUUAACAUCACCAACGAGGUGCAGCCUAUCUGCCUGCCUACAAUGGACGAAACGAUUCCACAGCCUGGACAGUAUGUGACAUUCACAGGAUGGGGCAGCUACAGGGAACGAAACGAUCGCCUACCUGAUUUCUUACAAGAGGGUCGGAUGCCCGUCAUACCCAAUAACUUCUGCGAUCACUAUGCAUAUUUUCUAUCCGUUCGUCCAUCUAUGUUCUGCACCAUGUACCAUACUGGUCUUCAAGGAGUCUGUACUGGUGACAGUGGUGGUCCGAUCGUGCAGGAGAUCAAUGGUCGUUGGACACUGGUCGGGAUCUCUAGCUGGGUCGAGAUCUGUGGUGCACCUUAUAUUCCCAAUGGAUUCACUCGUGUAUCCAGCUUCAUUGACCUGGUACAAGCCGCGAUGACAGCUGAAAACUGAAAAUAUUAUCAUAAGGAUUUAUAUUUCGUCGGUUAUUAUUUAGAGUUGAGUUCAUGAUUCAUUAAUUCGAAAACAUUAAUCGACUGACUGAAGUAUUUGUAAUACAUUAGUUACAAUCUAGACUAAGAUUUUCUUUUCAAGUUUCUUUUCAAGUUUCAAGUUCAAGUUCAUUUGUUCCCCAUUUUACAAAAAAAAUAUAGACAGACAUAAUAGUAGAAAUUGUAUAUUACAUGUAGUAUGAGCACGUCUCAAUGAUACUCAAUUCUAAUGAAAUAUUAAGUAGAAUGUGAGGAACCUAUUGAAAAGCAGUGCUUGUAUAUUAUAGGUUCAUGAUAAUUUAAGUUUUAAGUUGAGCUUACUAAUUAGUUCAUUGUAUUGACUUAACUAUGUCAUCAUUAUUAUCAAUAAGUUGUCAGUAUAAGUAAAGUAUACCUUUAAGUCAAAUUUAUCAUUACUUUGAUCAUUGAUAGUAAUAUUGAUAGUUUCCACUGUUUAUGUUUACAAUAAGGUAGAAUAUCAUUUUUGUCUUUGGUUUAAGUAUAGCAGUCAACUGGUAGAUCCGUCGUCUGUUAUAAUUUUUAUGUUGUAAGUUUUCGUAAAGGUAAGAUAUUAAAAAAUUUUGUUGGGUUCAUUCCAUUUAAUUAAUUAAUCUUAAUUAAUAAUGUGCUGUGAGCAUUAUCUGAUUUGAGAUCGUAGAAUCAAUCCACGCACGGGUGAGAGAGAGGGAGAAUGAUAGAGAGAAAAUGAAUAUAUGUAGUCUCACUGUAAUUAUUUUUUACAACCGUAUAAUUUUAAACCCGACCAAGUAGUCUGCUUUAAACAGUCUACAAAUAGUGAUUAUUCUCACUUAAAUAAUGUUAGCGUUUAAAUAGACAUUCAUAUUAGAGGCGAGCUAAAAUGUAGAAACAAAUUUCUGAAAUCCUACUUUUGGAUUUACUUAUUGUGCCAAAUCCUGAUUGUUAUGAGGCUAUACACCACAAGUAUAUGCCUUAAGUGGGAAGUUCUUUAACAUGAAACCACUGUAUCUUUGUGUCUAUUUGUUUGUUUGUUUACAGUAAUGAUAGAGCCAUAGUUAUAGUGCCAUGACAAUGAAAUCAAGUAGAAAACAUAUGAUAUUGGUUCGUCCUCUCUCUCUCUCUCUCUCCCUCUCUUUCUCUCUCUCUCUACAAGAUUGCGUUAUUUCAAUGUACGUGUGUUGUAGUAAAGGGGAAUAAUUUUAAUAUGAUGUUACAGAAUUUCCCUACUAAAUUAUUUCUUUCUACGAUCAAACUUUGUGUCUAUCGUUUAACAUUGACGAAUCAUUUACAUUUAUCUUUGUUUCAACUUACAUUUAUGUCAAAUGAUUUGGAGUGAAUAUUACAGUUUCUUUCAAUAAUAAAAACAAAAAAAUUCUGCAUGCAUUA